CCCUUCAUCAUCAAUCUCCACCAUAUUUACCCUCCUUUAGUCUGAACAUCUUACUCCCCUUCUUAUCAAUUAAUUUCAACAUCUCACAAAACCAAUCAUGGCACCGAAAGCAGCAGAGAAGAAGCCAGCAGAAAAGAAACCAGCAGAGGCAAAGAAAUCAGUAGCAGAAAAAGUACCAGCGGAAAAGAAACCUAGAGCAGAGAAGAAAUUACCAACAAAGGAAAGUGGAGUUGGAGAUGGUAAGAGAAAGAAGAAGAUGAAGAAAUCAGUUGAAACUUACAAGAUCUACAUCUUCAAAGUUUUGAAACAGGUUCAUCCUGAUAUUGGUAUCUCAAGUAAAGCUAUGGGUAUUAUGAACAGUUUCAUUAAUGAUAUCUUUGAGAAAUUAGCUAAUGAAUCUUCAAAAUUAGCUAGGUAUAAUAAGAAACCUACUGUAACUUCUCGUGAGAUUCAGACUUCUGUUCGUCUUGUUCUUCCUGGUGAAUUAGCUAAACAUGCUGUUUCUGAAGGUACUAAAGCUGUUACUAAGUUUACCAGCAAUUAGAUUACUGGAUCUGUUCGCUACGACUACAAUAUAUGUAAUUUCAUCUCGUAUUCUAAUUAUUACUGUUCUAUCUAAUCUUUGAGACAAGUUUACUUUUUGUCGUUGUUCGUUUGUAGUUCUUAUUAUCAGAUCUGGGAUCUUUCUGAUGUAUAUGGUUACGAACAACUAUCAAGGCAAUGAAAUAUGUUUGUUUUGAAA